GGGCGGAGUGAGAUGUUGUUCUGCCCGACAUGCGCCAACAUGCUUGUAGCCGAGGACGGUGUGCAUGACGGCGGGAUGGCACACGCAACCAACACGGUGUUUGUGUGCAGGACGUGCACGUAUGUGUACCAUUGCGUCCGUCGCUACACCGAAGCCAUCGAGCUGACUCACAAGGAAGUCGACGACGUCCUGGGCGACUCGGCCUGGGAGAACGUUGGCACCACCCAGGUCGACUGUGAAAAGUGCGACAACAACCAGGCGUACUUUAUGACGAUCCAGAUUCGGUCUGCAGACGAGCCAAUGACCGAGUUCUACAAGUGCUCCGAGUGCGGCCACCAGUGGCGCAACGGAUAGCUCUGAUCAACUGGCUGCCGCCGCGGAUGGCGCGCAGGGCGACUCAGGCGCGAAAGGGCGUGGCCGGGCAGGUCAGAGCAUGACCAUGAUGAGAGUGAUGUUGUCGGUGGAGCCGAGCCGGAGUGCCUCAGUGACGAGGUCGUCGACGACUUCCUGCGGGCGCAAGCCCUGCUGGAGCCUGUCUUUGACGGCGGUGACGGCUUCUUGCGGAGAGAACACGUCCCACAGGCCAUCGCAGGCGACCAGAAUAAACUCGUCGACCGAA